AUGGACCAAAGCAGUGCUCUUCUUACCUGGACUUACUUCUCUCAUGGAAAGACAAUGGAAGAGCUAAGACAGACUCUUGUGUACACAACGCUAGAGCUAGAACAAACGAAGGUGGUGGCUCAAGAGGAACUAAGGAAGAGAGAUGAACAACUGAUCCAUCUCGAACAUGUUCUAAUGAAAACCCUCAGAGAAAGAGACGAAGCUCUCGAGAAAUGUCACCACCUUUUAGUCGACAAUCUCUUGCUUCAACAGAAACAUAUCACUCCUCCUUUAUCAGGAGCUUCAAGCAUUGAAGAAGAGCAGCUUCAGCCUAACUCCAACAAGAGCUUUUCGUCUUCAGACACGGAAGAGAGCGUCAUGUCACCAUCAGUGAUCGAUCCGGUGAUAAUGGACCAGGCAUCUGUUGAUGUAUCAGGAACUGAAAUAAUGGCUACAUUGUUGUUGGAAAAGCCACUGCCUGAAAAGGGACAGCUCUUACAAGCUGUUCUCAAGGCAGGCCCUUUGCUUCAGACACUCCUUUUAGCCGGUCCUCUGCCUCAGUGGCGCCACCCGCCACCACCUGUUGAGACCUCUGAGAUCCCUCCGGUCACCGUCCCACCACCGCAGUUUCAGAGCCCAGUUGUCAACAAUGGUUGUGGGGAUUCCAACAAGAAAAGGGCGUGCUCAAAAAUCUCUGAUGGGUCUUAUUCAGAAACCAAGUAUCAGAAAGUUCUGCUUUGA